AGCCGUGUCAACUACUCGGUCUGGCGUCUUAUGACCUGUGAGAAGUCGUAACGUGGCUUAAAUGUAAAUCAACUGAUGCAUCAAGGCUGAGAUUUCAUACCAAACCAUCUUCCAAAGGAUCAGUCAAAUUAUUUAUCAUGGAUAAAAAACUGUUUUUAGUUKUAGUUCUUGCUGUAUUGAGCGUAGUGGACGGUAAGACGAAGAAGAAAAAAAAAGCUCCAGUMAAUUUUGAUGAAGGAGAUUCUUUUUCAAAUGUUGAACAUUUUCCUGAUGGCAAACAUGACCCAAUGUACGAUCAACAAGCGUUUCUUGGCGAGGAGCAAGCUGAUGCAAUGAAAGGUUUAAGUAAAGAAGAGACUCACGCAAAACUGAAAACGUUAUUCCCCAAAAUCGACAUCAACAAUGACGGUAAAGUGUCCCGUAAAGAAUUAGCUGAAUGGGUUGUUGAGAAUGUAAGAAAACACGUCGCUAAGAAUACGAAAGAUCGAAUGGCUGAAAUGGACACGAACAAAGAUGGUAAAGUCACGUGGGCCGAAUUUGAGAAAGAUCAGGAAAAGUUCAAAACAGGUUCUGUUGAAAGUGACUUCAAGCACGCUGAUCAGAUGAAACAAGAAAAAAAGAGAUUCCAAGUUGCAGAUUCUGAUGGCGAUAACACGUUGAAUGCCGAUGAGCUGUCAGUAUUCCUUCACCCUGAAGAAUCUCCCAGGAUGAUAAGUCUUCUUGUSGAAGAAAAUAUACAUAGUAUGGAUAAGAAUAAAGACGGUUUGAUUAGCAUUGAAGAAUACUUAGGGCUUGGUGGCAGCGAAGAAAUUGACAAGGAAACUGACAAGUCUCUUAGAGAAUCCUUUAACAAUGACUUGGACAAAAACAAGGAUGGAAAACUAGACAAGGAUGAGGUCAAGCACUGGAUAUUUCCYGGUGGAGAUAAAGACCCAGUUAUUGGAGAAGUAGAUCAUCUAAUGACAGAGGCUGACAGUGACAAGGACAACUAUCUAUCAUUGAAGGAGAUACUAGACAAUGAUGAGUUGUUUGCAGGAGGCAGAGCUACCCAAUAUGGUGAACUGCUCAAGAACGAUGAACUCUAGGCAAUAAAUAAUAGUGGUUUACAAAGCCAGGUGUAGAGUGAUUUAACUACACGAAACGUUAUUAAUACCGGAUUCAGUCUUGUUCAGUUAAUUGGAUUAUGCCUUUCAAUUUGCAUGUUCACAUGGAUCAGUGUAUUGUUCUCUUUUUUAAUAAAUUUGCUUUUUUUCCUUAA